AUGACGAUUCGGGUUGCCCCCCGACCUGCCGCAGAUGCUUCUGGCGGCAGUGCUGUCCACGUCAAGCCUAGACCGAUAGAUCUCUUCAAGGGUUGGCCCAAUCCGGCCCUUCUUCCUCCUCAACAGCUCAAAGAUGCUUCCGAGGUGAUCCUGUCGAACCCCCACAAUACGGAUGUAUUGUUCUACGGACCUGAUCAGGGCUAUGGUCCGUUGCGGGAGGAAAUAGCUAAGUGGUUGAAUGAUUUCUACCAUCCCGGCGAAGCAAUCUCCAGCGGCAGAAUAUGUAUCACCGGAGGCGCCAGUCAGAAUCUGGCAUGUAUCUUGCAGACAUUUACUGAUCCCAUCUACACCCGCAAUAUCUGGAUGGUGGCGCCGACCUACUAUUUGGCAUGUAGGAUAUUUGCCGACUCGGGCUUUGACAAUCGCAUGAAGGCAGUGCCCGAAGACGAAGAAGGAAUUGACCUCGGGUAUCUCGAACGCGGUCUGCGCGACAGCGAGAAGCGAGCGCUGGCAGAAGACAACACCACGCCGAGGAUCAAAACCCCGAAGCCAUGGAGGAAGAUUUACAAACAUAUUGUCUACGCCGUGCCGACCUUCGCCAACCCAUCGGGCCGCAUCAUGAGUUUGAGUCACCGACGGGAACUGGUGCGACUGGCUAGAAAAUACGACGCCUUGAUCGUGACAGACGACGUCUAUGACAUGCUGCAAUGGCCCUCUGAUCCUAAGGCCGGCCCUCGGAGGAUGGACCGGGCCGUAAUGCCUCGAAUAGUCGACAUCGACCUAGAACUAGACGGAGGCCCGAAGGAUGAGUACGGAAAUGCUGUCAGUAAUGGCAGCUUCAGCAAGAUUGUGUCUCCCGGCUGUCGGACCGGAUGGGCAGAGGGGACCGAGGCGUUGACCUAUGGUAUCUCACAGACAGGGUCGACUCGAUCUGGAGGUGCUCCGUCACAUCUGGUUGCGUCCUUCAUCUACCAGUUGUUGGUCAGCGGGACCUUGCAGAAACACAUAUUGGAAGAACUGCAGCCUGCCUAUGGCCAACGGUACCAUCGCAUGAUGAGGGCCAUUGAACGGCAUUUGUUGCCGCUUGGUCUGACGAUGCCUCAGCCGGAUAGGGAUGUGGCAGGCGGAUAUUUCGUCUGGCUGACCCUGCCGCAAUCUCUCAAUUCCACCAAGAUAUACAAACGGGCGCUGGCCGAAGAAAGCUUGACCAUUAUCGCAGGCCCCAAGUUUAAGGUGGUCGGGGAUGAAGACAAUGUGGCCACCCAAUUUGAGAGCGAAUUGCGCCUGUGCUAUGCUUGGGAUGACGUGGAUGUGCUCGAAGAGGGUGUUGUGCGGCUGGCACGUGUGAUAGAAAGGGAAAUGACCGAAUCAGCUGAGAGAUGA